AUGAGUAACUUGCGCCUUCAAAAACGCCUUGCUGCUUCCGUACUUAAGUGCGGUAAGAACAAGGUCUGGCUUGACCCUAAUGAAGUCAGCGAGAUCUCCAAUGCCAACUCCCGUCAAAACGUUCGCCGUUUGAUCAAGGAUGGACUUAUCAUCCGUAAGCCAGAAGCUGUCCACUCCCGCUUCCGCGCUCGCAGAUAUCAAGAGGCCAGAAGAAAGGGACGUCACACCGGUCUCGGAAAGAGAAAGGGUACUGCUAACGCUCGUAUGCCAGAAAAAGUUUUGUGGAUGAGACGUAUGCGUGUUCUCCGUAACUUGCUCAAGAGAUAUCGUGAGGCUAAAAAGAUCGACAAGCAUCUUUACCACGAGCUCUACCUUCGCUCCAAGGGUAACAACUUCAAGAACAAGAAGAACCUCAUGGAAUACAUCUUCAAGAAGAAGUCCGAGAUCAAGCGCUCCAAACAACUUUCUGACCAAGCUCAGGCCAGACGUGAUCGCAACAAGGAAGCUCGCAAGAGAAGAGAGGAAAGACAAGCUGUUAAGCGCGCUGACCUUCUUCGUAAGAUUUCUGAAAGCGAGAAGGCUGAUAAGUAA